AUCUACUCCAAAUUCUAGUCUCUAGUCUCAUGGCAGCUUCCUUUCAUAAUCCUCUCCCUCAGCCCCUAAACCCAAUCUAAAUAUGGGGAAAAUCUCCGUAUCUAUUUCGUGAAACCAGGGAUUUCAAGUAUUAUAGAGCGGUAGUGAAUCAAAUUGCUGGAAGAGGAGGAAAUUGAAGGGUAAUGGGGAACAAGAUAGCGCGGACGACGCAGGCGUCGGCGACGGAGUACUAUCUGCACGAUUUACCGUCUUCAUACAACUUGGUGCUAAAGGAAGUGCUGGGAAGGGACCGUUUUCUCAAAUCCAUACUCUGCAAGCACGACGAGGGUUUGGUGCUGGUCAAGGUGUACUUCAAGCGCGGGGACUCCAUUGAUUUGCGCGACUACGACCGCCGGCUCGCCCGUAUUCGGGACAUUUUCUCCAAACUCGAUCACCCCCACGUCUGGCCAUUCCAGUUUUGGCUUGAAACAGAUAAAGCUGCUUAUUUAUUGAGGCAAUACUUCUUUAAUAAUCUGCAUGAUCGAUUGAGUACUCGACCUUUCCUUAGCCUUGUCGAGAAGAAAUGGCUGGCUUUUCAGUUGCUUUAUGCUGUGAAACAGAGCCAUGAGCAUGGAGUAUGUCAUGGUGAUAUUAAAUGUGAGAAUGUGCUGGUCACUUCCUGGAACUGGCUCUACCUUGUUGACUUUGCAUCAUUUAAGCCCACUUAUAUCCCGUAUGAUGAUCCCUCUGAUUUUUCAUUCUUCUUUGAUACUGGUGGACGAAGACGCUGUUAUGUUGCCCCCGAGAGGUUUUAUGAGCAUGGAGGUGAAAUGCAAGUGGCACAAGAUGCACUUCUGAAGCCCUCUAUGGACAUCUUCUCUGUAGGGUGUGUGAUUGCUGAGCUUUUUCUUGAAGGUCAGCCAUUGUUUGAACUCUCUCAACUGCUUGCGUAUCGAAGAGGACAAUAUGAUCCUACACAGCACCUGGAAAAGAUUCCAGAUUCAGGAAUCCGUAAGAUGAUUCUUCAUAUGAUUCAACUGGAUCCAGAGUCAAGAUGCUCUGCUGACAGCUACCUGCAGAACUAUGCAGGUGUUGUGUUUCCCAGUUACUUCUCACCAUUUCUUCACAAGUUCUAUUCAUUGUUAAAUCCUCUGAGUUCUGAUGCAAGGGUUCUAGCAUGUGAGACCUCAUUCCAAGAAAUACUUAGGCAAAUGAUGGGGAAUAAGGCUAGUGAGGAGAUGAUCUCUGAGACGGAAACUUCUUCUGAUGAUAGAAGUCAAUUUCCACAAAAAAUGGGUGCAAAGCAAGGUUCCAAUAUGGGAGAUAAAUCUUUGAGUGAGAAAAAAGAGACCAAGAAGAACUCUCAUGAUCGGUUCGAUCUUCUUGGUAACGUCAGCAUCCUGCUCAAGGAUGUGCAGCAAAACAAUGAGCAUUUUGGUAUGAAAACUGUGCCAGAUAGUGUGGUCAAGACUGUCUAUCCCCAAAACCAGAAGCAAUGUGGUUUGCAAUCUCCUGGUGAGCUGAUUCAAAGCAUCUCCACCAUAUUCCAGCGAAGUCACCAUCCUUUCUUAAAAAAGAUCACAAUGAAUGAUUUGAGCUCUUUGAUAUCGGAUUACAAUAAUCAAUCAGACACUUUUGGAAUGCCUUUUUUACCAGUACCUCAGGAUAUAUUGAGCUGUGAGGGAAUGGUUUUGAUUGCCUCACUUCUUUGUUCCUGCAUUCGUAAUGUCAAGGUCCCUUUUAUAAGGAGGGCUGCUGUCCUUCUGCUGAAAUCUUGCUCUUUGUAUAUUGAUGAUGAGGCUCGACUGCAGCGCAUCCUUCCUUAUGUCAUAGCUGUUCUUUCAGAUCCGGCUGCCAUUGUCCGUUGUGCCGCGUUAGAGACUUUGUGUGACAUUCUUCCUUUAGUCAGAGAUUUUCCUCCCAGUGAUGCCAAAAUUUUUCCAGAGUAUAUUCUUCCAAUGCUUUCCAUGCUUCCUGAUGAUUCUGAGGAAAGUGUGAGGAUUUGCUAUGCUAGCAAUAUAUCUAAACUGGCGCUGACUGCAUAUGGAUUCUUAAUUCACUCAAUAAGCUUGACUGAGGCAGGGGUUCUAAAUGAGACUAAUGUAUCCCGGAAGUCAACACCAGCCACAGAGACUUCUGGGGAGCUGCAUAGGUUGAAUAGUGACGCACAGCUUGCACAGUUGAGAAAAUCUAUUGCCGAGGUCAUUCAAGAACUUGUGAUGGGUCCAAAGCAAACACCCAACAUAAGGAGAGCACUCCUACAGGAUAUUGGCAAUCUUUGUUGGUUUUUUGGACAGAAGCAGAGCAAUGACUUCUUGCUACCUAUCCUACCUGCUUUUCUAAAUGAUCGUGAUGAGCAGCUCAGGGCUGUAUUUUAUGGGCAAAUAAUAUAUGUCUGUUUUUUUGUGGGCCAGCGAAGUGUUGAAGAAUAUCUUUUGCCUUACAUUGAGCAGGCACUAAAUGAUAUUACUGAGUCUGUCAUUGUCAAUGCUUUAGAUUGCUUGGCCAUCCUGUGCAGAAGUGGUUUCCUGCGGAAGAGGAUACUGCUUGAGAUGAUAGAGCGUGCUUUUCAUUUGCUAUGCUAUCCCAGUAAGUGGGUAAGGAGGUCAGCCGUCACAUUUAUUGCAGCCAGUAGCGAGAACUUAGGUGCAGUAGAUUCUUAUGUAUUUCUGGUCCCUAUUAUACGACCCUUCUUGCGUAGGCAACCAGCUUCAUUAGCCUCAGAAAAAGCUCUUCUUGCGUGUCUCAAGCCACCAGUCUCAAGAGAACUAUAUCACCAAGUUUUAGAAAAUGCCAAAAGUUCAGACAUGCUGGAGAGACAGAGAAAGAUUUGGUACAAUACAUCAUCACAGUCUAAACAAAAUGAAGCUGUGGACUUACUUCAGAAAACUGCCAGGGAGUUGGAUCCAAUUAAGUGUUGGCCUGACAGACUAACUGAUAUUCAACGUCAUAGCUUUACCACUACCACAGAGGAACACGUGGAUUCAGCUAAUUCUGAUGAUAGUGAGGGCAAGUUCAAAGCUUUUGGACACUUAACGCAAAAUACAUUGAGUCAAGAGGAAGCCCAUGAUCGUAUUGCAGCAGAAAAGUCUCAACUUUCUGGAUUCAUGUCGCCUCAAAUGAGUUGCAUGAAUAGCUUCAUUGAUAAAACUUCAGAAAGCAUACCUUUGUACUACUUUAAAGUUGACAGCAGGCGAACAUCAGGCGCUGCAGCUGCUUCUGAUUCUUCCUUACCUUAUAAUUCCUUAGGUUUCAGUACUUCCUCAUUGCCUUGGAUGGAUCCAAUAAAUAAAUCAUUUAGUUUAGCCAGUUCAAUAUCAGCUCCUAAGCUUGUCCCAGGACCAGUUUAUGUUGGUAAUGGGCCAACGCAAUUGAGGAGAGUUGUGCAUGAACUGGAAGACCGAGAAACUGAUGAAACAGCAUAUAUCAGUAAUAAAUUUCAUGAAGUGGGACUAUCUGAUGGAAGAAGUGGGAGUUCUCCGAUGGAUGAUAACUCCAUGUCGCCGGAGGCAACUGAAUUGUCGUCACUAGCAUGGUCAUCAACCAUUCCUGAUUCAGGGUGGAGGCCGCGUGGGGUCUUGGUAGCUCACCUCCAGGAGCAUAGAUCUGGUGUCAAUGAUAUUUCCAUCUCAAUGGAUCAGCAGUUUUUCGUUAGUGCUUCUGAAGAUUCUACUGUAAAGAUAUGGGAUUGCAAGAAGCUGGAGAAGGACAUCUCAUUUCGUUCUAGGCUAACCUAUUCCCUGGGUGGAAGUCGAGCACUGUGUGUUGCGGUGCUUCAAGGUUCUACUCAAAUAGUUGUUGGGGCAAGUGAUGGGAUGAUUCAUAUGUUUUCUGUUGAUCACAUCUCCAGAGGGCUUGGCAAUGUUGUUGAAAAUUAUUCAGGUAUUGCUGAUGUGAAAAAGAAUGGUUCUGGAGAAGGUGCUAUCCUAAGCCUUUUGAACUACUCUGCUGACGGUAGUACUAGCAAAAUGGUACUAUACAGCACACAAAAUUGUGGGAUCCAUCUGUGGGAUACAAGAACAAGUUCAAAUGGUUGGAAUACAAGAGUUUUUCCUGAGGAGGGCUAUAUAUCUGCUCUCGUGGCAGACCCUUGUGGUAAUUGGUUUGUAUCUGGAUCGUCAAGGGGCGUGCUUACAUUGUGGGAUCUCAGAUUCUGCAUACCUGUCAACUCAUGGCAAUAUUCUCUUUCAUGCCCCAUUGAAAAAAUGUGCCUUUUUGUUCCGCCUUCUGGUACUCCGUUAUCUGUUGCCACAAGGCCACUAGUUUAUGUUGCAGCUGGGUGUAAUGAAGUUUCUCUCUGGAAUGCAGAAAAUGGAAGUUGCCACCAGGUAUUGAGGGCCGCAAACCAUGAGUCUGAUGCUGAGACUUGUGAAUCACCUUGGGCAUUGGCCAGACCAUCUAGUAAAAGUAACACUAAAUCAGACCUAAGGCGAAGUAUAAAUGCGAAGUACAGGAUCAACGAACUGAAUCAACCUUCCAUGCGUCUUCCUGGUAUCCGUGCAUUGCUUCCAUUACCUGGUGGAGAUCUGUUAACUGGUGGGACUGACUUGAAAAUCCGCCGCUGGGAUCAUUGCAGCCCUGACCGGAGCUAUUCCGUAUGUGGACCAUCUAUUAAAGGAGUUGGAAAUGAUGAUUUCUAUGAGACAAAAUCUAGUUUUGGAGUGCAAGUCGUGCAGGAAACAAAAAGACGACCUCUGGCAACCAGAUUGACUGGAAAAACUAUCCUUGCUGCUGCUGCCACAGAUUCUGCAGGUUGUCACCAUGAUUCCAUACUGUCUCUGGCUUCUGUCAAAUUGAACCAGAGACUUCUGAUAUCAAGCAGUAGAGAUGGUGCCAUAAAGGUUUGGAAGUAAGGCACCAUCUAAACUACUAAAGUCUUGUGCAUAUUUAUGCAGAAAUAUAAGUUAGAAAAUGUACAUAACGUUAUAGAAAAGACUGUUGGACUUGUCCAAAUUCCUUCUGACCCAUUUGCACCUCUUAUUGUAGUUUAUUGUUAUAACAAUAACUUACUCUCAUGUGUGAGAAAAAUUCUUUAGAUGAUGAAAUGUAGUUGCUAACUUGACACUUA